AUGGCCGACAAGCGAGAAUCGGUACGAAUCAAAGAUGGCCAGCAGAUGCGCGUGUUGGACGAGGCGGCCAGGCGGCGCAGGCAGCGUAAAGCCCUGGAGGCGUUGGAGCAAGACAACUUUUCCGAGGACCCUCAUGCAGAUCUGAAGAUGAGCAAAAAGGCGCCCAAGUUUGAGGAGGUGAUGGAUGCCUCGUCGUCCCUUGCAGGGUUGAAGAAGAAGAGGAAAUCCAAGGGAGACUUCAAGCUGAGGUACAGGAAGACUUUUGCUGCCCUGCUAGAGGAAGUGCAUAUGCAGAAUAAAGACGGACCCUCGUACAUCACGGCGUGUGCUCCUCCCUCCCAGCUGCCGGAACGACAUUUCUGCUCUGUUUGCGGAUUUCCGUCAAACUACACAUGUGUUGUUUGUGGAUCAAGAUACUGCUGUGUCAAAUGUUUAGGCACUCACCAAGAUACACGGUGUCUUAAAUGGACAGCGUAG